AUGCAUGGUUGUACCUUAAUUCGAAAUACAUCCUUUACCAUCCUGUCGAAUCGUUCGCCCCCGUUAGGCCAACACGCUGGCUGUUGGUCUGUCUAUCUGAGAACUGCUCAUCACGCACGUUAA